CGCGAUUGCGGGACCUGUGCCUGCAACGGACCGUCCUCGAUCAAACGGUCUAACAAGCACUGGAUCCCCACAUUCUAUACUCGCCCGGUCUUGUCGGUUGCCAAUCCACCUCAGCAACAUGCAGCACCAUUGAUGGCCAGUAUUUUUCCUAUAUCAAUAUGUUUUCGGCCUCGAGGCUGGGCUCUGGCGCGUCGCGUCCACCUUCGAGCUCUAGCAUCCUCGCACCUCUCUCCGCUGAGGCCCUGAACCAGUCCCAGUCUCAGUCCCAGUCUCAACCACAGGCGCAAAUCGCCCGCCAUGCCUUUUCGCAAUCGUCGUCUGGUACCAAAAAGCGCAGGAGGCCCGACACGGAAGACUCAAGCUUACAAGCCCCCGCCGCCGACCACCUUCUCAAGGCGCCCAUCGUCCUCAAGCCACGUCCCUCGACCCUGACAGUGAAGCCGCGAAUCCUGCAGCCCCUAAUGCUUCUCCCGCGUGAACAUCUCCAUUUGUCUGCCCUCGAUCUCGCACAGCCCCACGGAGAUUUCCCAGCCAGCCGCUUGUUCGAGUCCAAAAUCAAAAUCCUGGACCUCGAGGGUCGCUUAGGGUCUAACGUGCUUCUUGCACGCUCCGAGACCAGCCGCAUAAUAUAUGCCAUCGAGCGCGAAGGCAGCGGCUUGUAUGUGCUUUGCAAGCUCGGCGCCUGGGUUGAUAUUGGGAACCUCGUUCUCAAUGCCACCGUCGUGUGCAGUCAGGCCAUGAGAAGCCGCAGAUCAAUAAAAGUUGACGAGUCGACCGUCGCGCCCAUGAUCACGCCGCAUAUGUACAAGGAAAGCAAGAGGAGAAGGCUUGCCAUUGAGGAGAUUCAGUCCAUGGUCCGGAAACGCUCUGUCGUCGCACUGACAGACAAGGAUCCUUCCAGCCAGGCAUCGACACCCAAGGAGCAGACACCAGCGCCCGAAGUUAUGGACACCCAAGACAGCGGACUAGUCGAGGCGCCCAUCAAGGCGCCCGCAGAUGUCCCCUUGCCACUACCAGACGGCCAGGGUAGCCUCGCUCCAGCCUUGCAGCCUGACCUUGAUAUCCCAGCGCAGCCGAGUGCUGAAGACAUAUUCCAAAAUGUCAGAAUGCAAUAUAUUGAGGCUCUGUAUCAUUCUAUGGGUUCGCUGGCCUAUUUUGCAAAAGGGCCGCUGUCUCAAGCUCGCGCGGCCUUUCAUUUAGAUUGUGAUGCGAAUCUUGAAAUGAACGACUUGAUAGACUUCUUGAAAAGCCUCGUCAUGACAACAGUGGUGAUAGACAAGAAAUACCGGGAAACAAUGCCUGGUAUUAUAGAGAAACUGAAGACCCUCGUCGGCGAGUCGGGUGACGGAGAGACAAAACCUAAGAAAAGAAAGCCCAAGAAGCCGAGGCUUGGCAAGGACGCCCUGUACCCAUCAGAGCACGAACACGUGAGACGGUGGUGGGCUGUUCACGAGCCGGUUAGCAACGGCGAGAGCGAGAAGUCCACGAGGGAUAUAGAAACAAAGUAUCACAUUUCCUGCCUGCGGAAAAGAGAAACGCAGAUGCAGAUGAUACUGAUCCUCGAAAUUCUGGCACUGGAGCCGCUAAGCCGGCCGGUAGAAGACACCGAAGAGAUCCAGCUGCCAGGGGCUGAGUCCCAGACAAUUCCUCGGGAGGCGGUGCAAGAGGCGGCUACGAAAAAACGAAGCAAGAACAACCUGCCUGUGCUUCUCGACGUCCACGCCGACCGUCUCUGCAUCUGGCAGACUACGACAACCGAUGAGGUCAAAGCCUUAGCCGAGUCUCAGGCUCUGGGCGGGGGGUCAGAACCACAGAGACCGGAUAGGGUCAACUCCGAUUCCCUGAGGGACUUUUGUGUCGACAUUAUAGUGCCUUUCUUCUCUGCGCGGCUGCCCGAACUCUGUGGUUCAAUCAACCGGAAAUUAGGGGGUCCGGUUGUGCAGUCGCCCCCCAAGGAAAAGCAGGCAAAACACUUGAGCGCAUUAAAAGCAAAGCCUGGUGCACCCACUAAACGACCGGCGCCAACCCUCAGGAAGGACAAGGAGAGAACACUGGAGCGCGUGCUAUCCAAGGAGCGAAUGAGACGCAGCGCCUCACGGGGACCGUCGGGAGCGAUAGCUCUCAUGCGAACUGCGAGUGCUACCACAAUCCCCGGCUUGAAGAGGGAGGGAAGCGAACCGCUCUUGUCAAUGAUCCCCAGAGGGGCGAUCGGCUCGCUAAAGGACAAAACAUCUAAUAUCUUUAAGCGAAGCACGGCCCCGAGCAAUUUGGGAGGCCAAAAGGCUAAGCCAAAGGUCGAUGUUGAGGCCGAGCUCAAGGAUGCUAUUUCCGCUCUCAAGAGGCCAAACCGGGCUCUGGUUAACAAGGAGCUGACUGAAGAGGCGGAGAAGCGAGUGUCUGUCAGCAACUCUCAUCCUAAAAAGGUGAAGAAACCGGGCCGUGCCUCUGCUGUUCUGAUAAAGGCAACGCCAGCCAACAAUCGUUUCAGGGACGUGAUUGCCGCCGAUUCUCGGCUGCCACAACUGGCGCAACCCUCGAUUGCCGUGUUCGACUCAGUGCCUUCAAGUUCUUCGGUUAUCCCUGCAUCGACCGUGCCUCGCAAGUUCGCAGACAUGCUGAGUGCAUCCAGCGCAACUGCAAGGCCGCUAUCAGACAGUAUUCAGGCAACACCGUCACGGCAGGCGUUUGCCCCAAAGACUACAGUCCGGCCUCCGUCGGCUGCCGACGAUAUUCUCGAUUCUUCUCCUAUAAUGGCCCGGAAAGCGGCGCCCUCGUCAAACUCUCAGUACCUCUCUGUCUCUACGAUCCGAUUAGGCAAAGGCCAUGGCGCCACAGACAUGCUGCCGUCAUCACCAGGGCUGGCCGCGCUCUUCAAGACACCAGUCAACCCCAAGUCGGCCAGAGACAGGUUGGCGAUGGGCCUGAAUGACACCCCGAUCAAGUCAAGGCUCCCCGUGGGCGACACCUCCUUGACAUCCAACGUGAGCCCCAACAAUGACCUCGGAGUUAAAGGGGGAGGAGUGACAAAAGUCGUGGAUAUAUACCAGCAACUGGGCUGGGACGACUGAAAAACGAAAAAGAAUCAAAAAUCUCAGGUGAAGUAUGCAUGCAGGAUGAGAAACAAAACGGCCUAUGAGAAAUUCUGGACAUUACUUCAAUGAAUAUGAGCGCAUUAACAUCUGGGAAGGAGUGAAUGGGUCAAUAAAUGAAUGACGGGCAGUGAAGGGCUCGGCUGGCGUAUUUCGGCAGAAAAAAGGGAGGCGGCAUUUGCACGAGGGCGUCUGGUUGUUCAUAGCAUCGCAUCGGCAUGGGAGGGGAAUCGGCAUAUUCUUCUUAACUAUAGGAGAGGAACGAGCAAGCAUCUUUCUCGACAGGCGUUAUGAUAUAGUGACAGAAUAAAUC